AUGGUAAAGAAUUCAGUGGCACUUAACCACCCAGGUGCUGAAAAUAUGAAACCACGGCAAUUUUCUGAUGCCAAACAUAAAGAGAUUGGGGAAAAAGUCAUGAGCCAAAUUUUUGAUGGUGUCUGGAACAUAAUUAGAUCUGGGGAUGGCAUGAAAACAGAGAUAGUUGAAACAGUGCAAUCAGUUUACAAUAAAUUGUCAAACCCAGGAGGAAAUAACCAUUGGGAGACAUCUUCUCACGUUGAUUUGCAGCCUGUUGGUAAGACACUUGAGAAUAAUGUGCAUGCUAUUGUUUCAGUCAAUGAUAUUGAUGCUACAGUGACCAAUGGUGAGCAAAAUGAACCGCCAGGGAAAAGAAAUAAAAGAAGUAAAAGAGGGAAACUUGUGCUCACCGCUAUAUUGGAACCCGACAAUUUGGAGUCUGGUCCUCCACCUGGAUUUUCUUCUAUUCUGGAGCAUAAGCAGUCAGGUGAUCCUAACGAUGAAGAUCCUGAUGUGCCUCCAGGAUUCGGUUGA